UCUUUUUUUUGAUGUUUUAAAAGUCAAGUUCGUAACUGUCAACAACUGUCAAUGUCAAAUUGAUAAUGUUACAAACAUCAAGAUGGUUUCCCAUCCACAAAAUUCUCUGUUUAAAUAACAUCCGUUGUAUGACUUCCACAGAGGUUGCCACAGCUCUAAGACCCUUUUACUUUGCUGUUCACCCUGAUCUGUUUGGACAAUAUCCUAGCCAAAGGACAGUCAAUGAAAACUCCUUGAAGCAAUUAAGUUCAUUUCUUGAAUCACUACAGAAUAGGAAAACAGCCUUACCAUGCAAUUUGCAGUUCUAUAUAAGAGAAAAAAAGGAAGACAAAGGUUCAUUCCGUUUAGUCAAGUUAUUUUUGAAGGAAAAAGAUCUAAGAGAAGUAAUAUUGAAUGUCUUAAAAUCAUGUGAUCUUCCUACAGACUUUGUGGACAAGAUUCCCAAACCAAUAGUGAAACCUAGGCCAAUCUAUAGUAAAAUAAAUGACAUAGAUUUAAGUGAUUUUGAUAUAGAUGAAACCAUCUUUGAACCUACAUCUAUGAGAAGGAAGAUGAAGGAAGCUCAAGAAUCUUUAAACUUGUUUGAUUGGAUUAACAAAAAUCAUGCAGAUGCUCUAAGUAAGAUAAUGUUAAAUCAACCAAUUAGAGAGGAAAAUAGUCGACUCAGAUCUAAGCUUAUUGAGAAAUUAAAAUUGUUUGAUUUGAAAUGGGAUUGUGGAUGGAAUGAGACUCAUAUAAGGGGAUGUUUGCAAAGUUUUGAAUCUUUGUCUAAUCAACAUAUUGAGCACAUGUAUAUUUUAAAAGGAAGAAUUUUGGUAUUUGCUCCAUUUACAGGUGUAAGUUUAGAUGGUCAUAUUAUGCUGAAUAGUGGCGAAGUAAGGCACAACUGGUUGGAUCUAAUAAAAAAUGUCAGGAAAUAUGAUGCACAUCUGUUAAAAAUACCGGCAUUUGAAAAGUCCGUUUCUCAAGUACUAAGAGAUAUUAAAGUUGUGAGAAGGAAGUUUAUGCCCAAAAUACUGGCUGGAGAAUAUGAAAAGAAUUUGCAGCAAAUCACCACAGCUUUAAGUGAUUAUUUGAGCUACAAGAGCUUUCCAAAGUCCUGGCCUAGCAGUUUCAAGAAUUUCGAAAUAGUUGUGGAAACGGAAGCUGGACCACUAAUGGUAUCACCGACGGGACAAUUCAUUGUCCCAUCUUCUUGUCCUGGAUCACUUCUAGUCAGUUUCUUAACAGACAAUUUGCAAGAUGCUUCAAAUAGAAUUAAAAAAUAUCAGAUGGUUAAAAAUGUUGAAACCAGUUUACAAUUAGAUUGUAUUAAAAUAUUGAAAUUAAUGGAUUUGAGGAAAGAUGAUAACGUCCAUCCUGAGCUGAUGAUUACUUGCUGCGAGAAUCUUAUCAACAACAAAGACAAACUGAAUAACUUACAAGGAGUGUAUUUGAACAUAGCUACCUACUAUUCGGUACUGUCUGAUGGAGUUGUUUGCAUACCAUGGAAUUGGACGACGUGAUCAAUACAAAAUUCUUUUUAGAUGUUAUUAUUAA